UAUCAGUGUGAUAUCUGUGGCAAAUCAUUUUCUAAAAACUCCCAUUUGACUAGUCACAAACGUAUUCAUACAGGGGAAAAACCAUAUCAGUGUGAUAUCUGUGGCAAAUCAUUUUCUGAAAAUAGCACCUUAACUUGUCACAAACGUACGCAUACAGGAGAAAAGCCAUAUCAUUGUGAUAUCUGUGGUAAAUCAUUCUCUCAAAAGAUUUACUUGACUAAACACAAGCGUACACAUACAGGUGAGAAGCCCUAUCAUUGUGAUAUCUGUGGUCAAUCAUUUUCCGAAUCUUGUAACUUGAAAACACACAAGCGUGUCCAUACAGGUGAGAAGCCAUAUCACUGUGAUAUUUGUGGUAAAUCUUUCUCUGUCAGGUGUAGCUUAACUACACACAAGCAUACACAUUCAGAGGAGAAGCCGUACCAUUGUGAUAUCUGUGGUAAAUCAUUCGUUAAAAAUAGUAAUUUGAGUACUCACAGAUUCAGUCAUACAGGGCUAAAACCAUACCACUGUGAUAUCUGUGGUAAAUCAUUCUCUGUCAGGUUUAGCUUAACGAUACACAAAUAUACACAUACAGGAGAGAGGCCAUACCAUUGUGAUAUCUGUGGUAACUCCUUCUCUGAAAGACAUUCCUUAACUAAGCACAGGCGUACACAUACAGGAGAAAAGCCAUAUCAAUGUGAUAUCUGUAGUAAAUCCUUCUCUGUUAAAUUUCACUUAACUAGACACAAACAUACACAUACAGGAGACAAGCCAUACCUUUGCGAUAUCUGUGGCAAAUCAUUUUCUCAAAAUGGUAGUUUGACGACUCACAAGUUCAUUCAUACAGGGCAGAAACCAUAUCCAUGUGAUAUCUGUGGUAAAUCAUUCACUGAAAGAUCUUCCUUGACUAAACAUGGACGUACACAUACAGGAGAGAAACCAUAUCAGUGUGAUAUCUGCGGUAAAAGAUUUUCCUACACUGGUCAUAUGAAAACGCAUAAACGUAUUCAUACAGGUGAGAAGCCAUAUCAUUGUGAUACCUGUGGUAAAUCAUUCUCAGAAAGACCUUCCUUAACUAAACACAGCCGUACACAUACGGGAGAGAAGCCAUAUCAGUGUGAUAUCUGUGGUAAACAAUUAUGUGAUGCUAGUUAUUUGAAAAGGCACAAACGUAUUCAUACAGGUGAGAAGCCGUAUCAGUGUGAUAUCUGUGGUAAAUCAUUUUCUCAAAAUAGUAUCAUAAAUAAACACAGACGUACUCAUACAGGAGAGAAGCCAUAUCAGUGUGAUAUCUGUGGUAAAUCAUUCUCCUGUAAUAGUCACUUGACUAACCACAAGCGUGUCCAUACAGGAGAGCGGCCAUAUCACUGUGACACCUGUGGUAAGUCAUUUCCUCAAACCAGUGCCUUGACUAGACACAAACGGACACAUACAAGAGAGAAGCCACAUCACUGUGAUACCUGUGGUGAAUCGUUUCUGCAUAUGAGUGCCUUGGCUAGACACAAACAGGUACAUAUAGAAGAGAAGCCAUAACACUGCAAUAUCUCUCUCUCUUUUACUUGUUUCAGUCAUUUCACUGUGGCCAUGCUGGAGCACCGCUUUUAAUCAAGCGACUCGACACCGGGACUUAUUCUUUGUAAGCCUAGUACUCAUUCUGUCGGUCU